AUGGAUUGUGUUUGAAUAAUGGCCGACUCUGACCGUAUUGUUUAUCCUGACGAAGUCGAGGAUGCGAAGGCCGCAGCAGCUGAUGCUAAGAAAGAUGUAGGAGGAGAGACUAACUCCAUCGAAACACCACCUGAAGAGAUCACCAUUACACCCAGGAAUGUGAUACAAGUCCCUUCUAAUUGUCCCGAAGGCUUCAAAAGGGGACCGGAUGGCGUUUGCCGUGAGGUCUUCUAA